AUGGUUUUCGAUAACGCUGAAGGUUUCCGAGGCGCUUUUAAGACAAUCGCAUUACUAGGCCGUCCAUUAGGAAUUUUUCCAUUCACCACGACACCCCAACUUCAAGUAUCAAAGUAUUGGAAUAUAUAUGGAAUAUUUUUCGUUCUACCUUUCUUAAGGUUUGUUCUCUCUAGGUGGGUGUUCGUGAUUCCGUACGUGAUCGGCGUAUCUUGUGACAACUUUCUAUUCAUCUUAUUAACGAUACGAAUCCAUUCAGCCACUGUUGCAAUGAAUCAAGAAUUGAAAAAACUGUUCAGUAAUAUGGAUCCGAAUGACGAGAAUAGAGUUAAAAAACUCAAAAUUCUUCGAAAUAAUUACUUAGUUGAGCCCACUACGAAAACAGUAACCACAAAUGAAGGAGUUUUGCACAAAAUCCGUGAACUGUCUGAAGCAUAUACUACAAUUAGUGAUAUGAUAAAGAUAGCAACUGAGAGCGCGGAAGUGGCAAUCCUAAUAGAUACAGUGGGUAUGCUCGUUCGUCUCAUGUGCAGAAGCUACAAAUUAGCCAAGGCUUAUGAUUUUUUAGAUGCUCGAAACUCAGGAUUUGAUAGUAAAAAUGAAGCGCAAAUAUCACAACCACAUCGCUAUUGUGAACGAGUUGAAUCUCUUCUACUGUGUCACCAUGCUCAGCCAAACAACAUAUUCGCCCCUAAAUGUAUGUACUUUGGAUCGAGGAUUAGUUGCAAAGCACCCUCGGAUUCCGAUAUCCCAAAUAAAAUACGUGAGCUCACAGUAUCUUACACAUUAACAGCGGACGCAGUAACCAUAGUAACAGACACUUUUGAAAUCAGGAUUGUUAUAGAUCUUUUGUGGAUCGUAAUGCAUUUGAUGAGCACGAUUUACAUUUUAGUCAACGAGUUCGGCAAAGGGGAGCAACAAUAUAAUGUAGCUUUGGGAGUAGCUAGAAAAAUAUACUGGUUUGUGAUAAUAAGCAUGAGGAUAAUAUGUUUGUGCGAGGUUCCACACCGGAUCAGCAGCGCGAUGUCCGAAACUCAAGAGCUAUUAACAAAGCUGAAACGUAAAUUCCACGAUAUGUACGAGAUAAGAAAUGAAUUGGACCUUUUCUUCCGAACAACACAGCUUAACAACACAACGUUUUCGCCGUUGAGCGUGUGCACUCUAAAUAGAGAUCUUAUUGCGACGAUUCUCGGUUGUGCCGCAACAUAUCUCAUUGCGAUUAUACAACUUGUAUCGACUAAAUGA